AUGGCGAAGUAUUCACAUCCUUCGUCGUUCGACUUUUUUCAACAAUCGCCCGCCCUCGACUCCAAACCCAUCUUCUCCCCAGACGACGAGAUGAGCGUACUAGACGACAAGAUCCUCGACUCAAACACACAAGACAUCACAUCCCUCAACGGCCAACGAAGGUCGUCCUUUGACCACACCACAGACGACUUCUCGCGGAGAGACUCUGUCUGGUCGGAUAUGGCACAACACCACAGCGGAGCCCAGUCGCGGCAACCGUCCCAGAUGUCCACUCCUCUCUUUGAACCCAUCGCCAACCCGUUCGUCCACACAACCACAUACCCUCCACAACAAUGGACGCUGGCCACGGAUUCCGGCUCCUGUACCCCGACUCCCAUGUACGAACAGUUCCCACACGACUUCGAUGCUGCGGCUCAAAACCCGUUCGCUGGCGGUGCUGUCGGUGCCGUGCAGCCAGUUGCCUACCCAACCAUGCCAUACCGACCCGGCUCUACCUUCGCUCCUCACAAUGCCAUUCCAAUGUCCCCGCAAUCUAGCCAAGGCUGGGCCUCAGCGUCUGCCGAUCCCGCCGAGAUGCAGACGAAGGCUGCACGGAAAAACUCCACAACUGCCACCGGCUAUCGAAAUAGUUCCAACCUCCAUAUCCGCCGGGAUGGAAUCCGGAAGAAGAAUGCUCGCUUCGACAUCCCUGCCGAACGUACUCUGAGCAACAUCGACCUCCUCAUCAGCCGUUCCACCGAUGAAGAGGAGAUCAAAGAGCUCAAGCAACAGAAACGUCUGUUGAGAAACCGACAGGCUGCGCUUGACUCCCGUCAACGUAAGAAGGUGCACACCGAACAGCUUGAGGAAGACAAGCGACGGUCCACCACUCUCAUCAACGAGCUCCAGGAGGCUAUCCGUGAGAUGAAACUCCGGGAGACUGAGCUUGUACGGGAGAAGAACGAAUUGCUCGAGGGUCAGCAGCAGCUCCAUCAGUAUAUCGACCAACUCCACACUGAAAAGGAGGAGUUGAUUCGAUCUCAUACUCUGGAGACCGGUGAACUUCGAAAGAAGAACACCAUUCUUCGCGAACAUAUGGAGAAACUAGAGCAUUCGUCUGCGUCCGGGUCCCUCUUCCGCAGCGAUUUCUCCGAUUAUGAGAGUCUUGCCGUUGAUGGAAGCUCCUGGGAUGACUUCUCUAUGACCAACGAGUUUACUCUGGAUAGCGAGCCUCGGGUACCCAUUCGGACCCCGACGCCCGCUCCCGAGAAGUCGCUUACAACGGUCAUCAAGAAAACUGACAAGGUUGUCGAGAAGCUUUCGUCGCAAACAGACUUCCCGUUCAGCUGGAAUGCAUUUUACAUGUGUCUACUCUUCGGUGCUUUUAUGGCUUCAAACGGCCCGUCGAUGUCUCCUAGCUCCAUUCCUCCUCUUUCGGAAGAGUAUCGUGCCGAAUCUGCCAAUGUUCUAAAAGCAGUCCUUGCUUCUGCAAAUCCUCCCCAGGCCUCCAAUUCGCUCAACCUAGCCUCCAUUGCUGGGCCAUCGUCUACUACCCCGUUCCCUGCAACAAUCUCCGGCGCAGAAAUGGCACAGAUCUCUUCGGGUCAGGACACCACUAUGACCAACCUGGAUGACCUGCACCGAAACCUUGUCGUUCCCACAAAGCAGCAAGAGGAGGAGCAGGCGUUCGCCCUGACCGCAGAGCAGUACAACGCCUUGACGACCCUGGACGAUGACGAAGGGGAUAUUACUCCGCAACCUUCCAACCUGCAGCAAGCCUACGCUGCGAUGCGAAGCCAAAAUACCGGCAUCAAAGGCACCUCUGAGGUCUAUUCCCGCUCUCUCCUUUGGGACCGUGUGCCAGAGAAAGUUAUCCGUGAUUUCAGACGGAUGGUCAAGGACUGCGGAAUACCCGGCAAACACGAAGAACCUGGCGGUGCGAUGUGCACAUCUUGA